AUGUCUAUCCUGAAGCUGGUUGAAGACCGGCCGACGCCCAAGUGCGUCUACAACUGGCGCGUCUACCUGCUCGCGGCUGUGGCCUCUGCCACCUCGUGCAUGAUCGGUUACGACAGUGCCUUCAUCGGCACGACUAUCUCCCUGACCUCGUUCCAGGACGAGUUCAAUUUCGCCUCCAUGUCAAAGUCCCAGCAGGAUCUGCUGAGCGCCAACAUCGUCUCUUGCUACCAGGCCGGUGCUUUCUUUGGUGCCUUCUUCGCGUACCCCGUGGGUCACUUCUGGGGUCGCAAGAUCGGCCUACUAGUUUCGGCGCUCAUCUUUAUUCUUGGUGCUGGCCUGAUGCUGGGUGCUAAUGGCAGCCGCGGACUGGGCUUGAUCUACGGUGGACGAGUGUUGGCUGGCUUGGCUGUCGGCGCGGGCUCGAACUUGACUCCCAUCUACAUCUCCGAGUUGGCACCGCCGGCUAUCCGUGGUCGUUUAGUCGGUGUCUAUGAACUGGGAUGGCAGAUUGGUGGUCUGGUAGGAUUCUGGAUUAAUGAUGGUGUCUCAACAACCAUGGCCCCGAGCCACAAGCAGUGGAUCAUCCCGUUCGCGAUCCAGCUCAUCCCUGCUGGCCUCCUGGUCAUCGGCGGCGUGUUUAUGCGCGAAUCGCCUCGUUGGCUGUUCUCGCGCGGCCGUCGCGAAAAAGCCAUCAAGAACCUCUGCUGGAUGCGCCAGCUGCCGGAAGAUGACAUCUACAUCAUCGAGGAGAUUGGUGCGAUCGACCAGGCCCUGGAGGAACAACGCUCCACCAUCGGCAUCGGUUUCUGGAAGCCCUUCAAGGCUGUCGGCUCUAACAAGCGUGUCAUGUGGCGUCUCUUCCUGGGGAGCAUGCUCUUCUUCUGGCAGAAUGGCUCCGGUAUCAACGCCAUUAACUAUUAUUCCCCGACAGUUUUCAAAGCCAUUGGCGUCCGUGGCACAAAUACCGACCUGUUCAGUACGGGCCUGUUUGGUGUCGUCAAGACGGUUAUCACUUUUGUCUGGCUCCUGUACCUGAUCGAUCGCGUCGGUCGACGCAACCUACUGAUGAUUGGCGCCGUAGGCGGGUCCAUCUGCAUGUGGAUCGUCGGCGCAUACAUCAAGGUCGUUGAGCCGCAGCAGCAUCCCACAAAGCACAUGAGCGGUGGUGGUAUUGCCGCCAUGUUCUUCUUCUACCUGUGGACGGCGUUCUACACCCCAACUUGGAACGGCACCCCCUGGGUUCUCAACUCCGAAAUGUUCGACCCCAACAUGCGUUCCUUGGCACAAGCCUGCGCCGCGGGCUCGAACUGGCUAUGGAACUUCCUCAUCUCGCGCUUCACGCCGCAGAUGUUCGCCAAGAUGGGUUACGGAGUAUUCUUCUUCUUCGCAUCCCUGAUGAUCCUCUCAACGGUCUUUGUAUUCUUCCUCAUCCCCGAGACCAAGGGCGUGCCGCUCGAGAGCAUGGACCAGCUGUUUGAGAUCAAGCCCGUGUGGCGUGCUCACGGCGAAAUUUUUGAGAGGCUGCGCGAGGAUGAAGAGCGCUUCCGUCGUGACAUUGAGGAGUCCGGUGUUGCGGCUGCCAAAAUUGGUGAUACCCAGGUAGAAGAUGUUGGGAAAGCGGAGUAUGCUUAA